AUUGAAGCUAAUUCCCCAUUCUUAACCUCAAAAUUAUUGUGAAUUUUCAAUUUUGGUAUUUUCAAUUUUCGCAUCUGAAACAAGUGUUAUGGAUUUUGGUGAUUUGAGUGACGACACGGUAAUUCAAGGAAAAUUACAACAUUUCCACACUAGUAUAGAUAAAAUUGAAGAAUUGUUACAAGUUACUUUAGACCAGGACAGUUAUGAAAAACUAAGCACACAGGACAAAGUUGAUUACGAUCUGUUUAUGGCAUAUGCAUUAAACACAUUAUAUUGGUUAUACUUAAGGUCGAAAGGUGUAGUCCCCAACAAUGAUUUAAAAAAUCAGCUUAACCGUAUUAAACAAUAUAUGGGGAAAGCAAAAGAAGCACACGAUCGAAGUACUAUUCGGCCUACAUUAAAUCAAGCAGUAGCAAAACGUUUUAUUAAGCAUGGAAUUAGUGCAUCAUCUCAACAUGAACCUACACCUAAAAAAGUUAAAAUGUGAAUAAAAUUUUGUAUUAAUUAAUUAAAGAAACUUAUUAGGUA